GAGACGAUGUUCGAAGGGUUUGUCCGUCAGUUGAUAUUGGGGUAUUUGGGUCGCUAUGUCAAAGAUAUCCAGAGCGAGCAGCUCAAGAUCACUCUCUGGAACGAGGAAGUGCUAUUGGAAAAUGUCGAGCUCACUCUCGAAGCCUUCGACUAUCUCCAGUUACCGUUUGCUUUGAAGCAAGGUCGUGUUGGGAAAUUGAGCAUCAGAAUUCCUUGGAAAAAGCUCGGCUGGGAUCCUAUUGUCAUCAUUCUUGAGGAUGUUUUUGUUUGUGCCUCCCAACGGGACGAUGAAGAGUGGAGUUCGGACGUGGUGGAAAGGAGAGAAUUUGCGGCCAAAAAAGCAAAACUUGCCGCAGCGGAGCUCGCUAAAUUAUCAAAACGUGUCUGUGAUAAUCGAGCUGGGCGCUCAUUUACAUCAUAUAUUUCUGCUAAGAUUCUUGACAGCAUACAAGUAUCCAUAAGAAGUUUUCAUGUCUUGUACCAUGAUAUCCGGGGGGACUCAGUGCCUACAGUGUUUGGUUUAAAAUUUUCCAGCUUGACAAUAAUGAAGCAAAAUCCUUUCGGGUCAUUAGGUGCAAAGGUAAGAGGUGGCCAGGUCAACAAAACUCUGGAUAUUAUAGGUUUGGAGUUUUAUUGUGGCACAUUUGAAGGACCUCUUGACUUGGUGACUGUGGAUGAUGCAAGAUUUGAAGGGAAAAAGUGCGAUUCUAUACUGGCACCAUGUGAUGUUACAAUGUCACUUUUGGUCAACAGAUCUGGAGAGCUUGAUAACAACAAUCCGCAACAUUCCAUCAACGCCGAGAUAAUGGGCUUGGAGAUAUCUUUGGAUGAGGUUCAGUUGCAGCAGAUCUUAAUUCUGUGGGAUUAUUUAUCUACAUAUCAGUUGAGAGAGAAGUAUGGACGUUAUCGUCCCUGGUGCAGUCCAUUAUCAAAAAAGCAGAACGGGUGGCAGAUAUUGUGGUGGCGUUAUGCACAAGAAUCUGUCCUGUCAGAUGUUCGUAAGAAAUUAAAGAGAACAUCAUGGAGAAACCUUGGACAAAGAUUAAGUUGUCGUCGAAAGUAUGUGACCUUAUACAAGGCUAAGCUGUAUUCUCUUCAGCCGGCCCCGGGUGUUGAUGAAAAUGUUCUUGGUGAAUUGGAGCAAAUGGAGAAAGAAUUGGAUAUAGAAGACAUCUUAAUUUAUAGGUCUGCUGCAGAAUGCAAGCUUCAGGAAUUUUUGUCCAACCCAUCAGCUCUCAACAUAAAUAUAAAUGUUGGCGGUGUUUCUGUGGAUAAAUCAAGGAACGAUGAGCAUUUGGCAGGUAAAUCCCGUGGAUGGUUGAACUGGCUCUCCCUUGGCAUGCUUGGUGCUGGAGGAACAGAUGACUCUAGUCAGUUCUCCGGUGUUGUUUCUGAUGAAGUCAUAAAGGACAUAUACGAGGCAACGAAGUUCCAUCCGAAUACAUCUAAUGUCAAUGCUGCCACAAAUGAUAAGAUCUAUUUCUGUGCAAUAAAAUUUUGCAUUCAUCAGGUGUCUACAAUGUUGCGUAGCAUGAAAUAUAACCGAGAAAUUGCUCAGUUGAUUCUGUGUGGAUCAACUAUUGAGUGUAAACUCGGGGAAGAAUCUGCAAGCCUCGUCACCACUAUCAAUUCAGUUGAGAUGCUCUAUCCAUGUAACAGGAAAGUAGUUCUGCACAUGAAAAAGUGUAAUAAUGAAAAUAAUUUUAUGGAAUCUGAGCAUCCUUCCUUAAAAUUGCAAGUGGAUACUUCCCCAAGCCAUGAGGUUGAGUUUUCAGUGAAGGGCUUUCUUGAACCGGUUGAAGUUACUUGUGAUGUGGGCUGUUUUUUGAAUUGCAUCGAGUUUUUUGGUGUAUUUAGUUCUUUUGAAUCUCACCACCAGAGGAGGGUCCUCUCAUCACUGAAUGGGAUUAGAGAUGCUAAUAGCCGACUGCAAUCAAAAGCUGAAUACUUUUUAUCAAGUUACAAGAAAGUGUUUUGGGAUAUUUGUAUCAACAAUGUUGUCAUAAAUGUUCCUUGGGAAACUGAACUAGCUGAGCAAUGGAAUUUGUCACUGGAAGCUGGCGCUGUAGUUGUUACGACUAAAAAUGUUGCAGGAAAUCUUUUAUCAGAGGACAGUAAACAAUCAUAUGCUCUGGAAAAAUUAAAUUCUAGUGAGAACUCCAGUUCUUUUAUGUGCUUCCAACCUGAAUAUCUCAAUGCUCACUAUGAGGUCGAAAUAAAAGAUUUGGAGAUGAUGCUAAGAACACAUUGUCAUUCUGAACCAAUCUCUAUCUUUGAGAAAUGUAGUGCUUCUAUCAUGUUGACAUGUUGCAUUAUGCCAGAUGAAUCAAUAUUGAAACAAUUAGAGGUUUGUGUUAGUGCAUCACCACUACAGGUGUACUUUUCACCAACAAUAUAUGGUGCAGUUUUGGGAUUGAUUGCAUAUCUUCAGACUGUGCAAUCAAACUCUGUAUCUGUAAACGCUGAAGCUGUGGAUUCACCCACUGUCAAAUUAAAGGCAGCAAUGGUUCCUGUUUUUGGUUUCUGCGUCAAUGCAAAAUUUGAGUCAGUCAGAUUACUUGUUGACCUUGCAAAUGACGGAGAAAACAGUCUAUCACUCAUCUUUGUCCUUCAAGAAUUAGACAUCUGCUAUUCUCUUUUCUUAUCUGAAGAGUGCUGGAUUUGUUUAAAAGCAUUGAAUGUAAGUACUUCACAGCUGAGAGGUGAAAAUGACGGCCAUAUUUUGCUUUCAUCUGGGAAUCAUUUUUCUACCUCUUCCACACAUCAGCAAGACAUUGAUAGUGGGCGUGGCUACAGAAGUGAUAAUCUUUCUGAUAGAAGUUUAUUCAGUGAAGGAUGCAUCAUCUUACAUUUCAAAGCUCUUGAUACAGCGUUAACUUGUUGCAAAUACACCAUAUGCAUGAAUGGUGCUGAAAUCCACUGCUACCCAGAUGUGAUCAGACUGCUGACUGGGUUUUUUGAGAAUUUAUCUGCUUCUGGUACUUCUUGCCCAAAUGAAAGCUUCUCUAGCUCCUCUGUAUAUGCUGGAGAUCCAAAAACAAUUUCUGAUUUUGGCUUUCAAAAAUUUGGUUUUUCAAACUACUUCGAGACCGGUUCCCCUGAGCAUGCAAGCAUUCCUUUAGAUCGUUUUCCCUUUAUUACAAUAUCCAAUGCUAGUUCGCCUGGUAAUCUUGAGAGUUCGUUGCUUUAUUCUAGUUCUGACUGGAGAAAAUAUUUCAAUUUAAGGGACAGAAGGAUUCGAAUGCAACAUUUUAAUGUGAGUACAGAAUCUAAAAGUGCCAGUACUCAUGCUAGAUCAUCAAGAUCUACGUCUGGAACAGAGGCAUAUCAUGUAUCUAGGAGUUCAGGUGCAAAUUGUCCAUCUUUCUUUGAUUUUAACCUAUGCGAAAUCAGGCUGCAUUUUCAUGAUGCGUCGGGUAUUGUUGGUACUGUCACCCUGCCUAGCUCUAAUUGUUCGCUAUUUGUUUAUGAGGACUGCAUGGAUGCAUUAUGUUCUUUAGAGGGUGUGACUCUUACCUCAGAUUGGUGGACAAAGAACUUCCAUGAGUUCAUCUGGGGUCCUUGUUUGCCAAAUUUGUCCCCUAUCAUAAAUGUGCGUGUGCAGAAGAACAAACAUAGCUUGUCAGGUUCUCAUUUGGAGGUAGGGUUAAGUUUGCAGCAUGUAUACUGCAUUUUACCUCCUGAAUAUCUGGCGAUAAUACUUGGUUAUUUCUCAUUACCUGAUUGGAGUUCCGAUUCAAAUAAAACUGGAGAUGGAAUGCAUGAAAGUUCUGAUGCUGAAAAUGAAGGUUCUGUUGUGUAUAAGUUUGAGAUACUGGACUCGGUCUUAAUUUUGCCCGUGGAAAGCAGUGAGCCUCAGUUUCUAAAGGCUGAGUUUCAACAAGUGUACUUUAGUUUUAUUAAUAGCAGCAGUCCAGAUAAUGCUCUCAAGGGAAUUCCAUGUGAAUCCUUGGUGCCAGAAGAUAAGCUUGCAAAGAGAAGUGAUUGUUUAAAUAUAUUUGGAAGGGACGUGUUCCUGUCAUUCUUGUCAUUCAAGGAUCAUGGUUGCUUAAGUCUAGACAAAGAUGCGAACUGUGCAGAUGUUACAUUGUUGGCACCCUUAAGUGCGGAUAUCUGGGUCAGAUUACCAUGUGAAAGUGAAUCCUCUCGUAAAAGUACUCCAUUAACCACAUGCAUCAUGUCAAGGAUAUCAGAAUGUCAAGUUCUGGCUGAAGAUGAUCACUUCUUCUUUGGAUUUGAGGCACUCUUGGAUGUCAUGAAUCAGUUUUCCCUAGUUCCUGAUCAAUCAAAAUGUUUCAAAUCUGAUGUUCCAGAGUUUCUUCAAUUGAAAAGGUGCUUCAAACAGAACAGUGUAGCCUCACCUAUUGCCUCGAGUGUUGUACUUACAGAAGUUAGAUGUCACGUUAAUUCACUGGUGAUGAAGUUUCAUCAGUUCACAAAAGGCUCAACUGAACUGAUUGCUAAGGCUGAAAUGCAACUUACAUUGUCUGCAAUUUUGAGAAAUGACUUUCUUUCAAGUUUAGAUCUUACUUUCUCUUACCUAGAAUUCCUUUCAUUACCUAGUUCCAUUGUGCUAGCAAGGUGCACUUCCCCAUCCUUAACAUCAUCUGUUCUUGACAUUUCUCUUUCUGAAGUAAACCAAGGUGAAAAUGAACUAUAUCUUUCAAUUCCAUCCCUUGACAUUUGGGUACACUUGUCUGACUGGGUUGACAUGAUCGAUAUGUUUGUUUCAUAUGCCGGACAGUUGUCCAAAACUGAACUCUUGGGUACAUCAUCUAAGAGUUUUAACCUUUAUAAGGUUGACACAUUGGAUAAUACAGCAUCCACUGGUUCUCCAUACUCUCUCUGUUCUUCAGGUGCUUCAACAUAUCCUUCAUCGGGGAACACGGAGCAGGAUGCUAUGGUCAUGACUGUUAAGUUGGAAAACAUCGGUGUUACGUUUCAUUUUCCCAUCUAUUUCAGCAACAAAGCAUGUGGAGAAUUUCCAGUAGCUCAAGGUCAAAGGGAUAUUUCUCCAGUCACUUCUUCUAGUGUAGUGGGAGGAAACGACUUAAAAUAUAUUUCUGUUAGUAUGCACAGUAAAAGUAGUGGAUUACUUAUAGAUGGAAGAAGUACAAAAUUGAAAACUAAGAUGGAAAGAUUGAGUGGCACGAUUGCACUCAGUGAGGACAAUAAUGUUCUUUCUUGGCCCUUUUUUCAGAUAUUUCAUGUUGUUUUGGAUGCUGAACUUCAUGGCAAGACUCAGCCAGUGCAUGUCAAAGUUGAGCUUCAGUGUGAUCAUCUAAAUGUGUGGCUUUCUCAUAAUUUCUUCUAUUUUUUGCGCUGUGUUACAUUCGUCAUUCCUGAAGCAGGGCCUUCCCAGUUUCCUUUUGGUGGUGUUGAUUUUAAAGUCAAUAUGAGGAAAGUUUCUUUUCUUCUAAGUGAUGGAAGGUGGAGUUGCAGUGGACCACUGUUUGAAAUUCUUGUGAGGAACAUCGUCCUGUAUAUUAAUAUGAUGGAAAGCUACUUAGAAGGGUUGGUUAGUGGUGAGUUCCAAGUGAGCUACAAUAACAUUCAUAAGGUCUUUUGGGAGCCUUUCAUCGAGCCUUGGCAGUUUGAAAUUAAUGUGACAAGGAAACAAGAAAUGAGUCUUAAUAGCUCCAUUAUGACAGAUAUCCAGCUCAAAUCAACUGCACAGCUUAACUUAAAUGUUACGGAACCCCUCAUUGAGUGCGUUUUCAGGACAUUUGACAUGAUUAAGGACUCUUGGGAUGCAGUUGAAUCAAAUAAUGUUCCUGAAAGCCAAAAAUUAUUGAAUCCUCCACACAAACAUAUGUAUGAUGGAAGAUAUGCACCCUACGUGCUCCAGAAUUUGACUUCUCUGCCACUAGUAUAUCAUAUUUAUAAAGGGCCAAUUGAUGACUCUGGUGUCACCGAAAUGGACGUGAAGUCUGUCGAACCAGGUGCUUCAAUUCCAUUAUAUAUUAAUGAUACCCUGGAGGAACUUUUUCAUGUGUGGCCAACCCACUCCUCUGACAGACUUGCUGAGCAGAAAUUAAGUGGGGUUGCUCAUCACUAUAUCAGCAUCCAACUUGAUGGAACAUCAGCACCUUUUGCUCCUAUUUCUAUGCGUGUAGGGCUUACCUACUUUGAGGUUGAUUUUUACAAGGCAUAUAAUGAAAAUGGCCGAGAUAAUAGCACCAACACUAGAAGUGGUUUUGAAGUUCCUGUUGUGUUUGACGUUUCAGCGCACCGCUAUAGCAAGUUUAUACGAAUAUACUCCACGGUUAUCCUUUCAAAUGCUACUUCAACGCCAUUGGAGCUGCGGUUUGAUAUUCCAUUCGGCGUAUCCCCAAAGAUAUUAGAUCCAAUUUACCCAGGCCAGGAAUUGCCUCUGCCUCUACAUCUGGCGGAAGCUGGUCGGAUCAGGUGGCGUCCAAUUGGAAAUUCCUACCUCUGGAGUGAAGUCUAUAACCUUUCAAACCUUCUUUUGCAGGAGACUAAAGUCGGAUUUCUUAAAUCUUCUGUUUGCUAUCCAGCUCAUCCUAGUAAUGAUCCCUUUCGCUGUGUCAUGUCAGUUAGAAAUGUCAGCUUGCCUUGUCAUACCAAGAGUGAUUUAAAUACAUAUGCUAAAAGUUCCUGUGAAAAAUCAAAGUUGGAUGAGCCGAAUAAGUGGUGUGUUCAUCAGUUGACUCUAUGUACUCCUCUUGUGGUGAAAAACUAUCUACCCAAGGAAGUAUCAUUGGCAAUUGAAAGUGGUGGGGUGACCCACACUGCAUUUCUUUCUGAGGUUGAAACUUUCUUUCACUAUGUUGAUCCUUCGCAUGACCUGGGGUUUGAGAUUAGUUUUUGUGGGUCCAAACCAGCAACUGUGAAGUUCCCACGUAUAGAAACAUUCUGUACGAUGGCCAAAUUCAGUGGUACAAAGUUUGCAGUAUUGGAGGUCAUUGCUUUUGAUUCACACCAGUCAAUUGGUCCAACAUAUGUUACAAUUGAAAAGACAACGGAUGCAUUCUCUGGUGCCAGGGAGCUCUCAAUUUAUGUUCCCUUUCUGUUAUAUAAUUGCACUGGUUUUCCUCUCUUGAUCUCAGAAUAUGGAAGUCAAAUGAACAGAGUUCCUUCUGUCAUUUCUUCCUCGUAUGAUAUGGGUGAGCAAGAGUUAUAUCAGACAAUAGAUGGUCUCCAUCUGGUGUCUUCUAUAGAAGGUUCACGUGCUUCAAAUCCACAUGUUAUAGAAUGUUCUUCCUCAAGUCAUGUUAUCUCAACUAGAAAUGGUGUUAAUCCUCAGAAGCAAAGGUUUCGUUACAAUUCUUUGAUCUCAGAAAAUUCCAAAGAAAGUCUUCAUGAACAAUCAAGCGAAAAUGACUACAAGACUCAAAAUGCUUCAUUUAACAGCUCAAAGAAUAGAUUAUCAUCUUCAGGUGGUGAUUUGAGGAAUUACAACUUUAUGGGCUAUGAUCGUGGAAAAGUUGGGGCGGACAUGUACUCCCCUGUUCCCUUUUCUGCCAUUAAUGAGCUAAUGGUUAUGUUAAGUAGAGCUCAGCCUGAUUAUGUUCCAGAAAACACGUCAAAUUUGGUGUGGUCAAGCCCAUUUUUUCUUGUCCCGCCUAGUGGUUCCACUACUGUUCUUGUUCCUCAAUCAUUACCAAAUGCUGCAUUUAUGAUUUCUUUGACAUCUAGCGUGGUUGCUGGGCCACUAACUGGGCGGUCAAGUGCUAUUACUUUUCAGCCUAGAUAUGUUAUCAGUAAUGCAUGCAGUAAAGACCUAUGCUUUAAGCAAAAGGGUACUGAUCACAUUUUCCGUUUGCGCAUGGGGGAACAUUCUCAUCUUCACUGGAUGGACACAACUAGGGAAUUACUUGUUUCUGUUCGGUACAAUGAACCCGGAUGGCAAUGGUCAGGAAGCUUUUUACCAGAUCAUCUUGGAGAUACUCAAGUGAAAAUGCAGAAUUAUGUGUCUGGAUCAUCAAGUGUAAUACGAGUGGAAAUGCAAAAUGCUGAUGUUUCUGUUAGAGAUGAGAAGGUUGUUGGAAGCCUCCAUGGUGAUUCUGGAACAAUGUUGAUUCUCUUAUCGGAUGAUGAUACAGGUUAUAUGCCUUACAAAAUUGAUAAUUUCUCAAAGGAGAGGCUAAGGAUCUUCCAACAAAAAUGUGAUACUUUUGAGACUAUUGUUCAUUCAUACACAUCAUGCCCUUAUGCUUGGGAUGAACCAUGUUAUCCUCAUCGCCUCACAGUGGAGGUACCUGGUGAGCGUGUUUUAGGCUCGUAUUCCCUGGAUGAGGUUAAAGAAUACAUUCCUGUUGACUUACCACCAUCUUCCGAGAAACCUGGGAGAAAAUUAGUCUUAUCGGUACAUGCUGAAGGAGCUACGAAGGUCCUCCGUGUUAUCGACUCAAAUUACCAUAUUUUGAAUGAUACGGAAAAUUCAAGUGGCCCCUAUUUAAGAGAGAAAAAGAAACAGGAGCAGAAACAAGACAAGGUUGUUGGUAACAAGGAACAAAUCUCAGUAGUAAUUCCACAUCUUGGUAUUUCCUUGAUUAACAUUUACCUUCAGGAAUUGCUUUUUGCUUGUGCACAGAACAUAAGAGUUGUUCUUCUGCAGAGUUUGGAUCAACAAAAGCUCUCCUUUCAAAUCUCAUCAUUGCAAAUAGAUAACCAGCUGCGCUCUUCACCAUAUCCCGUCCUCUUGUCUUUUGAUCGUGAAUGCAAAAGCAACCAAGCUGAAAGGAUAUUGCAAAGAACUUCUGAUGGUUCUUACGAACCUGUGUUCUCCAUUGCUGUCUCAAAGUGGAGAAAAAAGGAUCUCUCAUUGGUUUCAUUUGAAUACAUACGCUCUUCACCAUAUCCCGUCCUCUUGUCUUUUGAUCGUGAAUGCAAAAGCAACCAAGCUGAAAGGAUAUUGCAAAGAACUUCUGAUGGUUCUUACGAACCUGUGUUCUCCAUUGCUGUCUCAAAGUGGAGAAAAAAGGAUCUCUCAUUGGUUUCAUUUGAAUACAUAACCUUAAGAGUAGCAGAUUUCCACCUUGAGCUUGGGCAAGAGCUGAUAUUAAGCUUGUUUGCCUUCAUCAAAGAAGUAACAUCAAGGUUUCAGAGUACUGUUGUACAUUUAUCGGACCCUUUAUCAUCUCCUCUCAUCUCUGAUGCUAGUUUGGUGGAGUCCUCUUCACAUGCUCAGACUUCUGAGUAUCAUCAGAAAGCAGGGGAGGACAAUAGUUAUUUGAUCAAUGUUCCUGUGUUUAAUGACUAUAACAAACACAGCAAAUCACUACCUUUGGUAAUUCCAAUCGGAGCUCCUUGGCAGCAAAUUUACCUGUUGGCUAAAAGACAAAGGAAAAUCUAUGUAGAGGUGUUUGAAAUAAGCCCCGUCAAUUUGACCUUGAGCUUUUCUAGUGCUCCAUGGAUACUUAGAAAGGGGAUCCUUACAUCAGGAGAGUUUCUUGUUCAUAGAGGUCUCAUGGCGCUUGCUGAUGUUGAGGGAGCACAAGUUCAUCUUAAGCGAUUGACCAUUUCACAUCACAUUUCUAGCUGGGAAUCCAUUCAGGAGAUCUUUAUAAGGCAUUGCACUCGGCAACUUCUUCAUGAAAUGUACAAGGUAUUUGGCUCUGCUGGUGUCAUAGGUAACCCCAUGGGAUUUGCAAGGACUCUUGGGCUUGGCAUCAGAGAUUUCUUAUCAGUACCUGCCAGAACCAUUUUCCAGAGCCCUACUGGAUUGAUAACUGGUAUGGCACAAGGCACCACUAGUCUUUUAAGGAACACAGUCUAUGCUGUAAGUGAUGCUGCUACGCAAUUCAGCAAAGCCGCGCACAAGGGUAUUGUUGCAUUUACAUUCGAUGACCAGGCGGUUUCCGGGAUGGAACAGCUACAAACGGGCGUUGCAUCACAUUCUAAAGGCGUGAUAAAUGAAGUUUUAGAGGGACUCACUGGUCUCCUUCAAUCACCAAUUAAAGGAGCUGAGAAACAUGGUCUCCCUGGUGUAUUAUCGGGCAUAGCAUUAGGUGUUACGGGUCUUGUGGCAAAGCCAGCUGCUAGUAUUCUUCAAGUUACUGGAAAAACUGCUCAGAGCAUCAGAAAUCGGAGUAGACUAUACCAGAUGGCACGACAAAGAUUCAGGGUCCGUUUUCCAAGGCCUCUCAGCAGGGAAGCUCCUCUCAGACCCUACUCUUGGGAAGAAGCUCUUGGAACAUCUGUACUUGCAGAGGCCGGUGAUGGCGUGAAGCUCAAGGAUGAGGUCUUGGUCGCAUGCAAGGCACUUAAACAAGCUGGUAAAUUUGUCGUCAUCACUGAGAGGCUCAUAUUAAUUGUGAGCUGCUCCCGCUUAGUGGACUUGGGCAAGCCCGAGUUUCGAGGUAUUCCUGCUGAUUUGGAGUGGGUAGUAGAGUCAGAAAUCGGUUUAGAAACUGUAAUGCAUGCUGAUAGUCAUCAAGGAGUGGUUCACAUUGUCGGAAGCAGUUCAGAUACGUUAUCGCGGCAAAAUCAGCGGGCAAAAGGAGGUAGUGGAACGUCUGUGCGUUGGAAUAGUCCUACUCUCCCCCUCAUUCAAACUAACUUGGAACUAGAACACACAGAAGAUGCGGAGAACUUGUUAGAGAUUUUGUCGUCUGCAAUUGAACGGGGAAAGAAUCAAGGCUGGGGCCGCAGAUAUCUUUUGCACCGAAGUGGUAUCAAGUAGGCCAGUGAAGUAAAAUAUCUAUUCCUAACAUGAAUUCAUUAUGGCAACACGGUCUACUCACCAAUUUUGUAUAAAAUUUUCUUUGAAAUAAAGUCGAGAUUCAGAGUAGGGCUUGCCUAUUGCAUGCUUCGAAGAACUGAAUUUCUUCACGGAGUGUGAUAGACUAGACUACCAUCGAUCCACACAUGCAUACAAGAAACGUGGUGAGGAUAUUUGGUCAUUUCUGCAUGUUGGUGGACUGAUUGAAUUCCUAUCACGAAAGAGCAGCCUUUGAACCAUGCCAUAAAUAAACCCUAUGGUCACAAUGUGAAUUUAUUUUUCCUCCUUUUUUUCUGUUUAUAUAUAUGAUGUAAUUGAGGAGCUUAAUUAUAUAGCUCCAUUGCUAUCGAAAGUCAUUCAUUAUGUACAGAAAAUAAGAGUAGAUAGGCCUUUGGUUUCCUAGUUUUUGAAAUCCGAUUCUAUUAAUCUGUACGUUGUACAUUAUAUUACAUCCUAUUAAAUGCCAAAAAUGGGAAAUAUCAAAAUAGUUGCUCAUCUCUAGGUUGAGGUGGUUUUUCCCA